AUUCUCACUUAUUUCCGGUUAUUUAUCAACAUGGCUUCUACCUUUCAAAAUCUGAGACAUUCGUGUCUUAAGUCAAUGUCACACAACCGGAUUCAUAAAUGCAUCCGUAAGUAUCAUUUUUGUAGCCGUUUUUAUGUUAAACUCAAAAUUUAGAGGGUUGAAGUGCCUUUUGCUAAAUGAAGGAUGUACUAAACCGUUUUCGCACAGACUUCUAGACACUUAUAGUUGUAGUUCUAUUUUUACUAUUACUAGUAGUAGUAAAACUAGUUACUAGAGUGAAGUAGGGCGUUGAACUAAUCUUUAAUCUAGUCUUUAAAAGGACAAGGCAAACUAAAAAAAACCCAAAAAGUUCUCUUAAGAACACUCACAGUAGUCACAACUCGCUGACAGACACUAGCAUUAUAUUUGUACUAAUUAGUACUAAAUAAAGAUGGUAAAAUUGAAGUCAAUGAAGUUCAUGUGCCAUGUGCAUAAUAUUAUUUAUUAGUAAAUUUUGAGUUAACGGUAUUGGUUUUGCCAAGAAUUUUCUCACCCUAAGCGCAGUGACGUCACAUUGGGAAUCCCAACACUGGACUUAGGGUGAAUAGAUCUUCAUCUAUUCUUUGAAAGUCCCGAACGAUGUGUGUUAUAACAUUCCUGUUCUUUAUUGAGCAUUACUACUUGCGUCAUAAACUAUUUGGUUUAUAUAAAGUAUAUUGAAAUUAAAUUUUCAUUCAAAAGAAAGGAAAAAAGAAACACAUCCUUGCUGAUACCCCGAGACCUAACACCGGUCGAAAAAAAAAGACGCCCGCCAAAAUUGUUGUAUUUUGAUUAGUUGAAAUCGAAAUACCCGUAUGUUGAGACUUGGGUAACAAAAUGAAGACUACUGCUUAAAUUGCAUUUGGAAUGAUCUUCUAGGAACUGGGGAGGGGUCUCCCCUCCCCUCGGAGACCCCUCCCUUUAAAUACCAAAAUAAGAAACAUAGUAACAUAGUAAUUCUCUGGGGAGGGGAGACCCUCCCCAAUUUAACAAAAAAUAUAAAAUAAGAAAACAACUUGCAUUAUGUAAAUACAAACAUCGAAAUCUUUUUAGUAUGGCACUUUAGACGGAAAUGGAUCUGAGGGAACCUCCGUGACCUAUAUAAUAUAUCGUGGAACACAUUGUCAGCCUUACCGCUAACUCAAAACCAGCCUAUUUAUUAUAUAAUAAUAAUAUAUUAAUUCUGAUCCAAUUUCGUAUCUUUUCGUAUAAACUUAGGACACUGACUGUCACUGUCAACACUUAUGUGAAUUUCUUUGAUUAAAUAUACUCUUGGCAGUAACAGUAUUAGUUAACUAACACUAAAUUGUACAGCACUAACUUUUCUUUAUAUUUGAAUUCUACAGCCCCCAAUGAUUCCAAAUGGUAUAUGGUCAGAGUAGAGUAAAUAGUAAAUAACAUUUCCAUUUUUUUUCCACCCUGCAACAUGCCACAUUUUUUCACAUAUAAGUUGGUGUGCUAAAUGAAAUUUUCAAACUGAAAGGCAUAAUCACAAAUACAAAACAAGAAAUGGCUAAUAAGAAUAGAUAGCACCAUGACAUCAUUUGCAUGUUUAUUUAAGUUUAUUUCAGGAGUCACACCCCUAUGUUUAUUUUAUUGUUUUCUUCGGAGGAAAUGGCGGCAAAGGAAUAUUACAACAGGGAAUCCCUUUCGCAUCAUAUUUUACAAAUGUUUUUUUAGGGGAUAAAAUUUAUUGUUAUUUUGUUAGGGUUUAUACAAAUUUAGUUAUGUAAAAUUUAUUGUUAGUUAACUAUUACUGCCUGGAGUUAAUUUACUAAAGAAUACUCACAAGUUUAAAUGCCUAAAUAUGAAAUUGGAUCAGAAAUAAUAUACACCCAUGAACUGCACUUUUACCAAUAAAGGUAUGUAUGUAACACACAUUUGUCACAAUCUGAGACUGUAUCGGAAAGAAAGUUAAUAGUCUUGUCUUACUCCUAUUCAAAGAUUUAGAGUCAAGUUUUAAGCCUGUGAAUGUGAAGAACUAUGCCAUUGCUACCUCUACACAAUACUUACUGAGUCUAAGUGAUUAGUAUUAGUCGGAUGUCAGGGGUCCAAAAUUUUUUUAAUCAUUUAAAUAGGUAGCCAAUCAAUAAUAGUAAUAUACAUGUCAAAGGCCUAUCUAUCUGCUCAGAAAAUAUUCCGGGAGCUGCAGGUAACAGGGGCCAAUUCUAUGGUAGUAGUAGGCUAUGGAUAUGGCUAUACUAGUUGUUUUUUUUAAACAAGAGCCGAUUCUUUACCUUUAUAUCCUUAAACCAAGCCGUAGCUCUUAAUUUUGUAAACACUAAAAAUCACAAUGAAUUUCACAUCUGUAUGGCUGUAUAGCCAGGCUACAAAAAAAGUUAAAAUUUCAAGUAUUUAAAAUGGCCUAAGUUACAUUGUAUUGUGUAUCAUCUGAUACAGGUAUGUUCAGCUCACAGUCGUUGACAAAUACAGAUGUGCGGAAAAAGAGGAUUGAACUUUUUGACAAAGAAAAAGAAAGACAGGUGGGACUUGUCACCAGGGUUGAAAAGAUUGAAGUCAAGCAUGUUGGUAUUCCGGAAGAUUGCACACUCAUCAUGAAUAAAUAUUUAUCAACACCCUUCAACUGUGCGAUGCGUACGUUUGAUUCUCCUUUUUUAAAUUUUUUUUGUUCUUAAAUAAGUUACUCCUUUGUCUUAUAAUUGUUAUCCACUUCAAACUGGAAGACAGUCUUGAUCUACAUUCCUAAAAAAAUAAAUUUUCUUUUUGUCACAUUCCACUGGUUAACUUUGGCAAAGUCAGGUCAAAUAUUAGGGAUGAGCAUUAUUUUGUCUGAAAUAGAGCAUUAGCUAUUGAUGAACAUUAUUUAUGCACCACAUAUAUUUUUUCCCCAAGUAUGAAAUCUCCAACCCUCACACAUACUGAUUUUCAAAGUAUUACAAAAGUGGGAGCUCUAUAUUUAAAAAAAAAUUGAAAUUUCAUGAGAUCGGAAAUCAAGAUUACUGGCUUCUAUCUUGUUAUCCAUCUGCAGGGGAACACUGGUUAUUUUAAUAUUGGCUCAAUCUCUUUGGUGAUGAUGAUCACGGGUUGUCAAGUUCUUUGCUCUUGUUUGACGUUAAAGAAUUUACACAACCAAUGCAUUGUAAAUUACUGUAGCACAACACAUAAAGUAUAAAGCCAACAAGCAUUUCAUUUUAUUUCAUAUGUUUCAAAAUAUUUAUUUUUUAUUGUUUGCAAGCAGUUUUUUACCUUUGACUGGAAUUUUGCCACCUGGUGAUUAAAAUAAGCUUUGGUUAUUAAUGAUUCAAUGGGAUAAUAGUAUUCAAAAUCAUCCCGACUUAGUUAUCAAAUGUGGAAAUACUUAAUGGUUUUUUAUCUUUAUUAGACAUGCAAGAAUUGUUGAUGACAAGGUCAGCUCUUGCUCUGGUAAAUGGUCAACCAUGGGAUAUGCAUAGACCCCUGGAGACUGAUUGUGAGAUUAAAUUCCUUCACUUUGAAGAGGAAGACCCUAGAAUAGUUAACAAUGUAAGUUUGAAAUGGCAGUAUUCCAAGUUAAAAUUAGUCUUGAUUAAAAUAUUAGAAGUAAUAUGAUACUAAAAUUUUGGAUGACAAACUAAACUUAGUCAUUAUUCAAACUGUCUCAGCUUUUUAAUAAUUGAGAGGCCUUUGUGCCUAGUUUCUUCAUUUGUCACAUAUUUAACAACAUAUUUUAAGCACUGGAUUAAAAUUUAUUAUUGGUUAUUAUUAACAGUUAAAUAUAUCAUAUGAUUUCUUUUGCUUACAUUUCUCCUGGUAAAUAGUUUCUUUACAAUUUUUAUAUUUGUAAUAUCUGAAUAGCUCUUAGUAAAAUAGCCAAACUUAUGCAUUUAUCCAUCAUGAUUUCAUUGAACAUUUUUUUAAAAGGCAUUUUGGAGAACAUGUUCCUUUGUCCUUGGACAUGUCUUAGAGACAGCAUUUCAAGACAAAUUCUAUAUAGAAUUGUGUAGCUUUCCAUCACCCAAUGGUGAGCACCAAAAAUAUCCUCACCUUAAUUAUUUUUAAUUAUUUAAUUUAUAUAUAUAUAUAUUAUAAUUAUAUUUUCGUGAAAAUACUUUAUUAAAAAAUGGGAUUUAUUGAUGAUUAAGAAGGCCUGUCUUGAUUUACAUCUACACAAACCUUUGUCUUCAUGUUAUGGUGUUGUAACAUUUCAAUGUUCAAAUUCUGUUACAGGGUUGUUGUUUUUUUACGUCACCCUCUUAUCUGCUGUUUUUGUCCUCAGUGUCAAGUGGCAGCUUUGUUUAUGAUGCAGAUUUAAAGUUGGGGGAUUGGAAACCUAGCAAGGUAAAAAACUCAGCUGCAGAAAGAAAUCUUUUCAAAUCAUUGGACGCAUUUAUUUUAAGCUAUACCAUAGUUCAGAACUUGUACCUCUGUUACGCUCCACUCCUUAUGAAUGACAUUUUUUUAAACAUUUUUUUUUAUUCUGUUCAGACAGAAUUGAACUGUUUAAGUAGAAUUGGGUUACGGCUCAACUUUGCCGACCUUAAAUUCCAAAGACUGGAUGUCCCCGUUUCUGUGGCACAGGACAUGUUUUCAGACAACAGGUUCAAGAGGGCACAGAUACCAGCCAUAGCCUCCAAGUCAAAGUCUGGCUCCACGGUCACUAUGUACAGGAUGGGGGACCACAUUGAUAUUAGCGCUGGUCCUAUGAUAGCCAACACAUCACAGAUUGGCAGAUAUUCUAUCACUGCUGUAGGUCAUUUUCAUUCUCAUUAAGUUUAUACUUUUAUACUUGAUAAGGUAAUUUUAAAAAAAAAAAUGUUCAAUUGAAUGACACCUUCCUUAACAAAAAAAAAUCUUUAAAAAAUUAAUAACGUUGCUACAUUUUAAUGACUUUGAUAUUACUCAAACAUUUCAUUUUUAAAAUUAAUAAUUAUCUCAUUUUAAAAAAAGCAUCCAAAUUUUUAAUAUUGACUUCUCUUAUAUAAUUAUUGCAUGCAUAUUAUACAUUGAAUAUCAAGCAUUAUGCACAUUGUUUCUAAAUGCAUACAAAUAUAUUUUCAUCCAUCAGAUCCAUGAUAUUGAGAGUCCAAGUUUUGGGAAGCUUAGCAGAGUUCAAGGGCUGGCACUGCCAACGCAGAUAAUGGUAUGUGGGGUGGAGGAUGUGAGGAAUUCCUUUUUUGUAACUAAGUGUGCCCGGGGUGGGACAACCGACACAGAUAAAUGGUAUGGAGGGCGGAAGAUGUGAUGAAUACAUUGUUUGUAACAAAGUGUGUGCCCGGGCUGGGACUAUCAACAUGAUGGUAUGUGGGGGUGGCUGAUGUGAUGUGAUGAAUAUCUUUUUGUAAUUAAGGGUGCCAAUGCAGAUCCUUUCUGUGUCCAGUAGCAUAGCAAUGAGUUCAUACUCGGGCAUACUGUAUGUCAAGUUGGCUAAUAAUGUAACUUAAUCAUGAGCUCACAUUGGCCAUCAGAUACAGGAAAUACAUUUAUUUAAAUAUAAUGCUUGUUCCUAGUAAAAGAAGUGAUUACUUUUAUUUAAAAAUUAAUUACAUUUAGAGUACAUUUUUUUUUAAAUUUAAAUUUUUGACUCAAAAACAUAUUGAUGUUUUCUUGUUACUGUCCUCCCCGUUUGUGAACAGCUCCACUCCUGGACAUAUGACACAAUCCUCAGACCAAGAGCAGCAAAACUGGUAUGUAGUAGUAGGGGUGGUAGUAGUGGUGGUUGUUGUGGUUGCUAUGCUUAAAUGGCACUGGAGGUCAUUCUUAUCUUGAUGAAUUUAUUGUUUUAUUUCAUUUUACAUGACUUUUUAUUUUAAUCUUACCUUAUAUUUCUGCGUAUUAUGCAUUCCAUACAUAUAUUUAUAUAUCUAUGAAGCCCUAACUAUUUGUUUAGCUAAAAUGCAUGCCCAUGUAUAAUGGGAUAUUUUAAAUCCUGUCCCACGACAUGUCCUCUUUCAUUUGGAACUAUUUUAAAGCCCUAGCUUUAAUAAUAUUAUUUUUACCUUAAAUUUUUCUCAUCAUACGCAGUAAUAUACGAUCAUAAUAUUGAAAAAGUUAUUUAAAAAAAAAAUGGAUAUAUUUUGGUCAACUUGGUCAUAAUGUAGUGUGUUUUUUUGUGGUGUUUUUUUAAGUGGUGUUUAGGCACUUGACCAUUGCUUUAAUUAUGUAUGCGCUAAAUGUAACUGUACUGAAAUUCCAGCAUCUUGAAUGUGCACAUGCGUCGUUCAAUGUGUCAUAGCUCCAGCUGCCACAUGCUCCAAAAAAGUUUUUAAAAAGGCAGCUGGACGUAUGCACCGUUGACAAACAAUGCACUCAAGAUGCCGAAGUUUCAGUAUUGCUAGUUUUGGCUCAUACUAUACUUUAUAGCUCAUUCUGACUAAAUGAUUCCACGCUGUCAUCGUCUUUUACUUAACCUUAGUUUACAUAUUUUUAAUAAUUGUAAAGCGCUUAGAGCUUUAACCCUUUACAGUCCAAACCUAAUCAGCCUUGUCUACUCCCAGCGCCCAAGCAAAGGGACAUAACUCCAUUUUAAAUGAAGGUUCUUUAUCUAUUUAAUUUACAGAAAAUAAACUAGAAGCAACAAAAUAAAAUAAAAAUUACCUAAAUACAAAGAAAUGAUUAAAGCAAAAGUUAAACCUAAAAAUAGUGAAGCUUCAUUAGGCCUAAGUUCUUUCAAAAGCGUAUCCAAGGCUUAGAUAGCCAUUUUUUACAGCGAAAAAAUCGCGACUUUUUAAAAAAUCAUAGAAAAUCAGCCUCUAAACACACCGCUGUCAAACUAGUAUCAAAAUAAAUGCCGACAACGAGGCUUUCUUCCGGUAGAACUAUAAAUAGUAAUGCGCAAUGGAUUUCCGCUGUGCUAAGAAUGAAAGUAAACAACCUCGAAACGGGCGGGUUUGGCCGCAACGGACUGUACGCUUAAGGAAAAAAUCGGCACAUUUCGGGCGCAUCGGACUGUAAAGGGUUAACGUAAGCGCUAUAUAAAAAUGCCUAAAUAAAUAAAUAAAUAAACCUGUUUUUGUUAAAUGCUCUUAUAGAAUCCGGGUCCCCUACCAGACCUGAAGGCCCCAGAAACACACAUUCAACAACAACUGCCAUCCCACUGACCGUGUGAGUGGAUGACCGACCGAAAGGUGUUGUUCACGGCCGGUUACAAAUAUCAGGAUGCAUGCAGAGGAAUAGCUAAUGAGCGCUUGCUUGUGUUCAGUUGCAACCGGCGUUGUGAUGAAUUGGGUGAAUGUGUUCAGCUUCUGUACAUUGGAAGUGGUCAAGUGGCAGCAACACUUGGCAGACCAUUAGUUAAUGAGUGCUUGUAUGUGUUCAGUUCCAACUGGCGUUGUGAUAGAUUGGUGAAUAAGUUUAGUAGCUUGUGUACCUUAAAAGAGUGGAUGUGGUCAAAUGGCAGACCAGGUAGGAAAGAAGGACAGAACUAGCUAUAUUAAUCUCAAGCUCUGUCGAUAACACAGCAUUCUUUUAUUCAGUAUGCUCUCAGUGAACACCAAAAGAAAUAAAAAAUUUAUACCUCCGGUUUUGAAAAUGGAUAGUUUGUUAUAUUAAAGUGAAUGUCUGUGUGUACAGCUUUAUUAAAGGUGUAGAGGGUGGUUGUCAGUCUUAAGUAGGUCAGAUCACAAUGGUGCUUGUCAGGCUUAAGUCGAACAGAUCACAAUGGUGUUUGUCAGGCUUAAGUAGGACAGAUGACAAUGGUGUUUGUCAGGCUUAAAUAGGACAGAUGACAAUGGUGUUUAUCAGACUAAGUAGGACAGAUCACAAUGAUGUUUGUCAUGCUUAAGUAGGUCAGAUCACAAUGGUGUUUAUCAGACUUAAGUAGGACAGAUCACAAUGGUGUUUAUCAGACUUAAGUAGGACAGAACACAAUGGUGGUUGUCAGGCUUAAGUAGGACAGAUCACAAUGGUGUUUGUUAGGCUACCUAGCAAUAUUAAAUGGUUCAUCCAUUGGGAUUGCUUCUUUUGUCAUUCAUAGGGUUGUCUAAUGUAAGCGGACUUCAAGUGCACCACUGUUGGGGUGUGUCCAUUGCACCACUUUAGGAGUGUAUACAAUGCACCGCUGUAAGGGUGUGUCCAGUGCACUGCUUUAAGUUUUACUGCUUUGUUGUUUUGAAUGAAAGAUUUGAAGUAUGCCAUGCCUUUGCUGCAGUUGUAGAUUUGUUGAUACAUUUAGUAUUGGUGAUACGAUUCUGAACAUGUGGUUUGUUUAAAAAAAAACAUAAAUAUUGGUACACAUUAAAAUGUGUCUUUUUUUUACAAUAAAAUAAAAAAAAUUUACCACCAGUCAACUGAGC